GAUAAUAAUAUCUUGAAGUUAACAUUAUUCGACUAUGAAGUUUAUAAUAAGGUUAUAAAAUCAAGUGAUGGAUUUAUGAAAAGAACAAGCGAUAAUUCAUUUGUCGCUUCUUUUGAAAACAUUGUUUUUAAUAAGAAUGAAGGAUUAUUGAAAGGUGAAAAUCUCGUUUUGUAUUGUCCAACAAAACUUAUUCAAAAUUUUGAACCAGAGGAAGGGGAUAUGGAUAAUGAA